GUAAAUUAUUGCUCACAGGGUCAAAAAAAACCCCAAACCCAAACAAACAAUAACCCAGCCCCCAUUUAAUGUGCUUUUUCUGCAUAGCAUUUCACACUGUGACAGAGCCUGUGUGUGUGAGAGAGAGAGAGGGAAGAAUGGAGACACCCAGGAAAAAAUUUACUGAUAUCAUAGACAAGGCAGUCAUUGCUGCUAACAAAAUGGAUCGUGACGAACUGCUUUUUUCUUACAAGGGGAUUCUUUACCCUGUUACAUUUUGCAGUGCUGAAGUAUUCAGAGCUAUGGAGUCCCUUGAAGCCAGAAGUGAUGACAUCAUUUUGGCAGGAUACCCUAAAUCUGGCACAAACUGGUUAGGUCAAAUCUUAAGUGAUCUGGUAGCCAUAUUUGAAAAGAAAACACAGAAUAAAGAAAGCAGCAUGAAAGAUGAAGAACUAGAAGAAUUCCCCUACCUUGAAAUUGGAGAUACUGGGAAAUAUGAGCGAAUGAACAAAUUACCUUCUCGAAGAGUUAUAGUCACUCAUCUCCUUCCUGAAAAUCUUCCCAGGUCUAUCUUCAAAAGUAAAGCUAAGAUAUUGUUGCUGAUUCGCAAUCCAAAAGAUGUAGCUACAUCUUUUUACCAUUUUUCCAAUGGCAUAUCUACUCUUCCCUCCUAUGAGACCUGGGAUGAUUUCUUUGUAGCUUUCAUGACAAAGAAAGUGCCCUGGGGAUGCUACUUUGAAUACCUUUCCAAAUGGAACAAAUAUGUUGAUGAUGAAAAUGUUAUGACAAUAACUUACGAAGAGCUAAAAGAGAAUCCAGUCCUGGGUGUCAAAAACAUAGCUGCUUUCUUUGGGAUUCCCCUGACUGAGAAAGAGCUUCAGAGCGUGGUAGAGAGGAGCAGCUUCCAAUCAAUGAAAAAGAACUCGCAGAAGACCCAUGGGGCAUUUGGCAGUGUUUUCUUCCGCAAAGGUGGUGUAAGUGACUGGAAGAAUCUUUUCAAUGAAGAUCAGAAUGCGAAAAUGGACAAAGCAUAUGAAGAACAUGUAGGAGGAACUAAACUGGGAGCAAAGUUAAAGUAUGAAGUGUACUGUAAAGCCUGAAGAGUAAUGAAACGUGGUUAGAGCAAGAGCUUUCCAAUGCACUCUCAAAUCAUCUGAAUGCUAUAUACUAGAAAACUAUAUCAAAUGAUCGAAGCGCUUUUGAAUUACUGUAAUAAUCACAUUGCAGUAGCCUUUACAGUGACAAUGAUGAAUAGUGGGCUUUUGUUUUAAAGGUGAGAUCUUUGGCUUGCUUGGGCUACACUCAUUUGCUGAAUAAGAUGGCAAGUAACCAUAUCCAGAUAAACUUAACAGCCCUGUUUCAGUAGCUGUCACCUGGAAGGAAAUGCCCCUUUUCUCUUUCUAGUCAAACUCAGUCUUUCUAGCGUACAUAUAAUUAUUUCAUACGUAGAUUUUUUUUUUCCCCCAAAAUGUUUCAAAUCAGGCAACAUCUUCACAGAAAAGAUCACUAGCAAAAAUAUGGAUCUGACACAACCUUAAUUAAUAAGAAACUAUUAUCUUCCCCAUGACUUCAGCAUGGAUCAAAGCUAGAGGGAGGAGAAUGAAAGGGAAUGGAGGGUCAGCAUUCUUAGGUAUUUUAAUCUCUCUGAAUCAUAAUUUCAAGAUGGAUUUCAGAUUAUGGGCUGGUGUUAACAGGCAAGAUCCACUCAGAGGCACUGCUUUCAGAAUCAUAGAACAGCCCAGGUUGGAAGGGACCUCGAAAGAUCAUCUGGUCCAACUUUUCAUGGAAAAAGGGGCCAAGAUGAGAUUAUUGCACCUUGAAAACCUCCAGUGAUGAGGACUCUACUACAUCCUUGGGGAGGUUGUUCCAGUGAAUGAUUUUUCUCACUGUAAAGGAUUUAUUUCUUAUAUUGAGAUGAAACCUUUCCUUGUGCAACUUGUACCCAUUUCACCUUGUCUUCUCCAUGUGGUUCCUUGUGAAUACAGACCCUCUGUCCUCUUUGUAGCUGCCCUUUAAGUACUGGAAUACUGUGAUGAGGUUCCCCUUGAGCCUUCUCAUCUUUGUGGCCCUCCUUUGGACCACUUCCAGUCUGUCUAUGUCUUUCUCAAAUUGUGGUGAACAGAACUGGACGUAGCACUCCAGGUGCGGUCUGAGAAGUGCUGAGUUAUGUAUAAUCAUGAAUAAUUCUCUCUUUGUAUCACAAAAAUCCCAAAUAAUUUUCUUUUUAAUAUCAUAUAAAUUUGCACUUCCUCCACUGAAGACCAUGUUUCUACCUGUAUAAAGGUUAGUAAAAAGCAAAAUCACAAAGUUAAUAUCUUUUUCUUGUGUUUGAAGAGAGUCCUUAAUCUAUACACCUAUGUGCCACUUCUAAGAACUGCUUUUCCAUGCUCCAGCCAUAAAAUAGGAAAAGAAAAUGUAGUGAGUACAGAAGAUGAUGUUUCUCACCAUUAAUGCCAGUGGAGUGCUCUUACCACAAAACUACAAGUAGCAUUCUCUCUGUUCAUUCUUGAUUUACGUAUGUGUCUACAGUUAAGCUUUAACUUAAAUUAAUAUUUAAACACUGAAAUAGAUUAAUUUCCAUAACUGGAAAUUCUCUGAAACUUGAAGAUGCCAAAGUUCGCUGAAACUGGCUCUACUGAGAAAAUGGGAUUGCUAAAGGUGAUGGUGCAAGACAUUACAAUACUCAGCUGGUUUGUACCAGCAUUGGUAUUUGGCACUGUGAACACAGUGUUUCAGACCUGUCCAGGGACCAACUGCACUUCAGCUACCUGUUCUAGAAAAACAGCAAAAUAAGGUUCUUUAAAUAUAGUUGAAUUAAAAACAGGAAAAAAAAACCCCACACCCAAUUUAUAGAUACAUCACUUAAGCAUAUAAGAAGUAAAAAUAAAAGAUACACUAGAAAAGAAAAAA